AUGGGUUCAAAUGCCUUUGUCAAACAGCUCAACUUCGAAUCCAAUGAUCUCGGCAUAGAUUUCGACCUUCUUCUCACUUUCGACGAUCAGUCUAUCCCUAAUAUUUAUCAGGACUAUUACCCAUCGGCUUUUGUGGUCAGGAAAUUUGGGGCCGAUGGCCACUACCGCUCCUCAAUCUCGUUUUCGUCACAAUCCGCGUUCACCAAGGUUGAUCUUUCUAGUGGUGUCAUUCAAUAUGUUACCGGGGUUGCUAUGCAGCCUGGGCAAACUACCACUUUAACUGAGGAGGGCGACGCAUACCAUUUUUCUACUCCCCAAACCAACCCCGCGGUGACAAAUAUUCAAUGUAUAAACAACGCACCAUCCGAGGAGGACAUAGGCUUUGGUUCCAUCACUGUGGAUUGGAACACGGCGAAUACGGCUCUAGUCUGGCUCGGAGUAGGGCAGGGGCAGACUGUGAACGUAGAAGAGUUUAAGCCGAUUCUACGCGGGUAUAUUUGCACGGACUUCAAGGAGAACACCUUGAUCAAGAGCCCAAUCGAGACCGAUCGUCUCUUCGAACAAAAUCUUGCUGCUCUCGAGGACAAUACUACGUGGAACAUCACGUAUGAUCCCGCUACCGGUGUCUUCAGCAUCGAUCAGGCUUGA